AUGUUUUCUAUAGCGACAGCUCCAGCUAAACAGUCUGCCACCGAGGCCAUCAGCAUCCUCGGUGGCAGGCUUGCUUCAGGCACACUUCUGGAAGACCGCCGCGCCGCUAUUCUUGGCCUACGAAGCUUUGCCAAAGAUUUUCCUGCCACCGUUGCCUCAGCUGCUCUACGGGAUCUAAUUGGUAGCCUCAGCAAGGACGGCGAGGAUGCUGAUACCGUCAAAGUGGUUCUCGAGACUCUCCUUAUGCUCUUCAACCCAAGCGCUGACAGUCCCGAAGCCUCAGAGGAGAUAAUGCUUUGGAUGGCUGAUGAGUUUACUCAACGCCAAGAAAACGUCACACUCUUAUUAGAGUUCCUCGAGUCUUCCGAAUUCUACUCCCGACUCUACGCACUUCAGCUUCUCAAUGCAAUUCUAGUCGCUCGCACGGAGCGUACCGAAGAAUGCGUCUUCACUGCCCCGUUGGGCAUAUCCAGACUGGUUCUAGUUCUUGACGACGACCGUGAUGCUAUUCGAAACGAAGCUGUAAGCCUCUUGAUCGGGCUGACGCCGACCUCAAUCGACAUUCAAAAACUUGUUGCCUUCGAAAGCGCGUUCGAUAAAAUAUUUUACAUUAUUGAUGCUGAGGGGUCCCUCAAUGAGGGUGGCCGUACUGUUGAAGAUUGCUUAAUUCUCCUGGCCAACCUUUUACGGCGCAACUCAUCAAACCAAGCUCUCUUUCGUGAGUCGGGUGGUGUCAAGCGACUAGGGAUACUAUUGCAGUCGUUAGCAGCUGCUCAACCCGCUGAAGCACCACUAUCGCCAUGGGCGGAAACACAGAGAAAUCGAAAUACGUAUGCGUUUCUCGCUAUCGUUCGGCUACUUUUACAGCCACGGUCCAGCGGUGUGUUACAAAACCAAACUUUGCUCUGGAAGCACGGUCUAUGUCAUGAAAUAUUACAACUGGCUUUCAACGAUGCCCUCCCAAUCGAAAUCAAGGCUGAAGCGCUCAUGACAUGCGGAGAUAUGGUUCGAGAUGCGACGUCUCUGCAAGAAACAUUCGCUCAACUCUCUGUUAGCUCAACUCAAGGGCAGUCGCCUACGAAUGCGGAUCUAAAACGCGAUGAUUCCAGAGUAUAUGUAAUCGACGGACUACUAGAGUUGACGUUGAACACUCAGGACAGCUCUUCGUUUGAUCUACGCUUCGCAGCAAGCGAGUGCUUAAAAUCUUACUUUUCAAACCAUCUCGAUGUUCGUUUGCACUUCCUUAGCAGAGCGAUUGAGGGUUACUUGGCCGGCGGCAAUGAGUCCGCCAACAUUUUAAAUGUAUUGCUACGACCCAGCACAGAUCUUAUGGCAACAGAUCCCUACCGACAGUGGUUUGCUGCAGUAAUCGCGUUUCAUCUCAUUUUUGAGAACCCUGAAGGCAAAGCAAAAGCUCUUGCCAUUGCCGAAGGAGACGCAGCUGAUGGCGAAGAAGUUGUGACAAGCUUACAGACAAUUGCUGCACACUUCAUCACAGGCAUCAAUCGUGGCGAUGACCAUCGCAUCCUAAUUGGUUAUGCCAUGCUCCUUACCGGUUGGUUGUUUGAAGACCUUGAUGCUGUUAACGACUUCCUCUCAGAGGGCAGCAAUGUGCAAAGCUUGAUCCAAGCCGUCUCACAGCCAACCAUAGUAUGUGGAGAGAUAGUACAGGGCCUCUGUGCGAUGCUCCUUGGUAUUGUCUAUGAAUUCUCCACAAAGGACUCAACAAUUUCAAGAACAGCGCUUCAUUCGAUGUUGAUGUCUCGUUUGGAUCGUGAACGAUACGUCGAUCGCCUUGUCCAGCUUCGCAGUCAUCCAGCUUUACGCGAUUUCGAAACCACGCCGCAAAAGCGUGAUCCGCUGACAGCUAAUGGUCUUGCGGAGGUCUACUUCGACUCUUGUUUUGUAAACUUUUUCAAAGACAACUAUAGUCGAAUAUCCAGAGCAAUGGACAGAAGUCCGGAACUAGAAAUCUCGAUUAUUACAAAUGGUGUACAGAAAGGUAUUUCGCGGGAGCUGGUGGACUCCUUGCGCAGCCAGUUAAAAGAGAAAGAGCAGGCAUUGGAAACUGCAAAAGCAACGGCAAUGUCCCUUGAAGCGCGUUUCAUCGAAGAACAAACAGAGCAUCGCCGGUUGAAAGAAGAAGCCGCCAAGGAGCUCACUAAAAUGACACGAACAAGCGAGGACAAACUGAAGGCACAGGAACUAGAACUAGUUGCCUUUAAAGACAGCCAGGCUACCAAAGAUGCCGAGUUCGAACGACGCGUUGCUGCCAUCCAGGUGGCCCUGACCGCAAAGGAAGCUGAUUAUCAAAGAGAGCUAGAUAAUACACGCAAAUCUUCCCAAGCAGAAAUCGACCAAAUACAGCGCCGAGCUGCAGCAGAUGCUGAGCAGGCGCAAAAGCGAUUUACAGCAGACAUGGAACAAUACAAGAGACGUGCGGAACAGGAGUCUGAACAGAGGCAAAAGCAAUUGGCAGCCGAAUCACAACAGGCCCAAGGCCGUGCUACUGCACAGGCGGCGGAUCUAAAAGCUACAAUAAGUCGACUAGAGGUUGAUUUGGCAAAGUUGGCCAAAGAAAAGGAAAUCGACCUUCGCACGAAGACUCAAGAAAUAUCGGCGAAGGACGCGGAAAUGGUGGAAAUACGGACGAAACACAACAAGUUACAAGCCGAACUGAAGGGCACUUUGGAAAAUACCGAUGAAAAACUAAAAGAUCUCGAAAGUCAACUGGAGACUGCCAAGUCGUCCGAAGCUGCAUCUAAGCAGAAGCUUUCGCAGGUGGAGGCUUCUGUGGCUGAGACUGAGAAGGCGAAAGAAGCCAUUCAAUCUGAGCUUGAUGAUUUACUCAUCGUCUUUGCUGACUUAGAGGAGCAGGUGGCAAAGCAGAAGACCCGACUCCGCGAGCUCGGUGAGCCAGUCUCUGAUGCCGAUGACAGCGAUGAAGAUGAAGAUGAUGUCGACUAA